AUGAAAAUCAACUGCCCCAAUGGUUACAAGAUAUAUUACAAAACCUAUCAAAAGCGACCAGUGGUCGUGUCCGCGAAGGUGGCGGGUCGGAGUAUGCAAGCUGCGAGAUGUCCUACAGAUGAAUUAUCUUUAACCAACUGUGCAGUUGUGAAUGAAAACGAUUUCCAGUCUGGCCAGCAUGUGAUUGUGAGGACCUCUCCCAGCCACAGGUACACAUUUACACUGAGGACCCAUCCAUCAGUGGUUCCAGGGAGCAUUGCAUUCAGCUUAACUCAGCGAAAAUGGGCUGGACUUUAUAUUGGGCAAGAAACAGAAGUGUCCUUAUAUACGUUUGACAAGACCAAACAAUGUGUUGGCACAAUGACCAUCGAGAUUGAUUUCCUGCAGAAAAAAAGCAUCGACUCCAAUCCUUAUGAUACCGACAAGAUGGCAGGAGAAUUUAUUCAACAGUUCAACAACCAGGCAUUCUCAGUGGGACAACAGCUUGUAUUUAGCUUCAAUGGAAAGCUUUUUAGCUUAGUAGUAAAGGAUAUUGAAGCCAUGGAUCCCAGCAUCCUGAAGGGAGAGCAGGGGGCAGAUAAAAGACAAAAGAUUGAACUAGGACUGGUUCCUGGAAAUAGUCAAGUUGCAUUUGAAAAAGCAGAAAAUUCAUCACUUAAUCUUAUUGGCGAAGCUAAAACCAAGGAAAAUCGCCAGUCUAUCAUCAAUCCUGACUGGAACUUUGAAAAAAUGGGUAUAGAAGGUCUGGACAAAGAAUUUUCAGAUAUUUUUCAACGAAUGUUUUCUUCCCGAAUGUUUCCUGCAGAGAUUGUGGAACAGAUGGGUUGCAAACAUGUUAAAGGCAUCCUGUUAUAUGGGCCCACAGGUUGUGGUAAGACUCUCUUGGCUCGACAGAUUGGCAAGAUGUUGAAUGCAAGAGAACCCAAAGUGGUCAAUGGGCCAGAAAUUCUUGGCAAAGAUGUGAGAGAAUCAGAAGCUAACAUUCGUAAACUCUUUGCUGAUGCUGAAGAGGAGCAAAGGAGGCUUGGUGCUAACAGUGGUUUGCACAUCAUCAUCUUUGAUGAAAUUGAUGCCAUCUGCAAGCAGAGAGGGAGCAUGGCUGGUAGCACAGGAGUCCAUGACACUGUCGUCAACCAAUUGCUGUCCAAAAUUGACGGGGUAGAACAGCUGAACAACAUCUUAGUCAUUGGAAUGACCAACAGACCAGAUCUGAUAGAUGAAGCUCUCCUUCGACCUGGAAGACUGGAAGUUAAAAUGGAAAUAGGCUUACCAGAUGAAAAAGGUCGACUACAAAUCCUUCACAUCCACACAGCAAGGAUGAGAGGGCAUCGGUUACUCUCUGCAGACAUAGAUAUUAAAGAACUGGCAACAGAAUAUGUUGGCUUUUUUCCCCUGACUUGCUCAUAUCUUUAUGCAGGCCCUCCUCACAGUGGGAAGACUGCGUUAGCUGCAAAGAUUGCAGAGGAAUCCAACUUCUCCUUCAUCAAGAUCUGUUCUCCUGAUAAGAUGAUUGGCUUUUCUGAGACAGCCAAGUGUCAGGCCAUGAAGAAGAUCUUCAAUGAUGCAUACAACUCCCAGCUCAGUUGUGUAGUUGUGGAUGAUAUUGAGAGACUGCUUGAUUAUGUCCCUGUUGGCCCUCGAUUUUCUAAUCUGGUAUUACAGGCUCUUCUUGUGUUACUGAAAAAGGAUCCUCCUCAGGGCCGCAAGCUUCUUAUUAUUGGGACCACUAGCCACAAAGAUGUCCUUCAGCAGAUGGAACUGCUUACCGCUUUCAGCACCACCAUCCACGUGCCCAACAUUGCCACAGGAGAGCAGCUGUUGGAAGCUUUGGAGCUUUUGGGCAACUUCAAUGAUAAAGAACGUACCAUAAUUGCACAGCAAGUAAAAGAUAAGAAGGUCUUGAUAGGAAUCAAGAAGCUGCUAAUGUUGAUUGAGAUGUCUCUACAGAUGGAUCCUGAAUACCGUGUGAGAAAAUUCUUGGCUCUCUUAAGAGAAGAAGGAGCUCGCUCCCUUGACUUUGAAAAUUGGAAUAUUUGCAAACACAUAGUGACCAAGGUAAAGAUGGCCUGGGAUAGUCACUGGGUUUACUCAAGACCCUAAAUGAAGUGAAUUGUUCCCUGCCUUCAACACGUGCUCACUCUGCAUGCUCAGUGCAAUAAAAGUCCCCUCCUUGUGCUUAUCGAGAUAGUCCACUAUUUUGUGGAAGGUACAGACCUGCUUUAGAAUGCUGUGCUUACCUUUCACUGCAAGCUAAGAUGAUUCCUUCUUCCUCAGUCUUUAAGUGUGGGAGAUAUACUGUACUUGUGAACACUACUCUUAAUAAGCCCCAUACUCCCCCCUCCACCCAAAAGCUCUAAAUAAAUGUAAUGAUGUUGCAGGACAACGUUUGGCCUAUUAGUAGGAAGACUUUCUACAGGUAAACCAGGAACAGGGAGGGCUCACAGGGAUUAUUUUACAACUUCCCUGUGCAUGUGGUUAAAGUUCUCCCAGAAAGCUGGUUGUUACCUUUGCCUGAAGAAAUUGGGCAGGCUUUGGAUUUCUAAGAUGCUGUUCUCAGUCAUUUUCAGAGAUGUUUCCAAGCUGAAUCAGGAGAUCUUUCUUAAUAGAAAGAGUAUUGCUGUGUGGGCUAUGACAUCCCCUGAAUGUAACUGAUUUCCUCUGUGGUAAGAGAUAUGCUAAUCAUUACCACCUGGUAGGUGUUGUUAAAAACUUGUGAAAGAUGUAUGGAAAAAGCCUAUACCCCUAUAAAGAAAGGAGUUGUUAAAAUAAUUUACAAGCCUCUCAGCAUUGAUUAGAGUCCAACUCUAAAUGGGUCAGUUCCUUAGUAUAAUACUAAAGGCUUAUUAGCAUCACCACUUUUCUUUUUUCCUUAGCUUAAUGACUUAGGAUGUAUCCUUCCUUUAAUUACCUGUACUGUCUAGCAUCUAAAUAGAACACUCUUCUCCAGAAAAAAAAAUAUCACUUAUAGCUCUCUCCCCUCAGUCCUUUAACGUCCAUUCCAAUACACUUAAUGGCUUUGUCUUAUAACUGAGUUAGAAGGAAUUUAAAUAGGUCAUCAUAUUGGUGAUGAGACCUAUGGAGCAUGCUACUCUCUCCCAUUGCUGCUUAAAAUGUGAGG